AUGCCUGUCACUUUUCGCUCUCUACCUUCGGUCAGUAGUGCCUCGGACAGCCUGCGAAGCCAGGAAUUCUUGACCCCUCCCACGACCCCCAAGAGUGCCAAAGACAUUCCUUUCAAACCGGAAAAGCCUGAUGAUAUCAGUUUGAGCAUGAAGAGGAGCCGGAGUCAUCGACAUGGGCGCCACGCCAAUGCUGGCCAUAAAAAAAUUGCUCGUCAGCGCAGAAACCGAGGAUUUGGUAUCCGACGUCGCUCGCAUAGCCUACGCAAAACCCUCUCCCUACCGUCAGUCCAACCCCGAUUUGAUCUUGGAACGGUCGAGCUUCUUCAGAGUCCGCAACGCAGGACACGACGAUGGACGGUUCCUUUCAAAGCCUCGUCCACCCAAGGACUUGCUACUCCUGUGCCCGUCGAUGUCAACGCAGGUACAACUGAUCCGUCCUCGGCGAGAAGAUUUAAUUCGAACCGGAGCCCAGCAAUGAUAACGCUUCGUCGGGCCACCACGGCAAGGUCGCGAAGACACGCUACGCUCACAUCGUUCCCGCCCCCAAGGUUCACGCGGCAUAGCAGCGGACUGCUGUCGACGUUUUUGAAUUCAAUUACUGGCCAUGACGAAGGCGUUAGCAAUGACGAUACGGAGGCAGAUCGGACAAUGCAAGUCACGCAAAAGCCUCGGGCAACACCAAAUGUGAGCAAACAAGAUAUGCGCCCUUCGACCAGCUCCACUGCUCCACCUGUUCAAACCGAAGUCGUCACGGUAGGACCACAGCCAUCGUAUUCCGCACCAAACCAGGCGGCCGAGCCCGUCCGUCGAUACUCGACCCGCUACGUCUCGGACAAUGGGGUGUAUGAGAUCAUUUGGGAUGAGAAUUGCUCUUUGAGCAGCUCUGAUGGAGAGCUUCCUAGCCCCAAUGGACAAGCGUCACUAGUACAGAAUCGGGAUCUCAUUGGGGCAGAGACAUUGGAGCGACGACUGUCGAAGGCUCUGUCCCAAUCAAGACGGGAUUCCCUGCAGGAAGACUGGAGGAACAAACCAAGCUAUGUACCCAGCAGCACGUUGUCUAUGCAAAGCAUAUGGACCAAUCCCAAAAUUGCUCGACUUUUCCGCGAACCAGUUUCGGGGAGUCUACCUCAUUCUAAAAACUUUAAGUACGUCAAGAUGGCACCCUCUUCAUCAACAGACGUGAACGUGGGCGUGGACUUGAAGCGAGGAGCGCUGACUGGGGCAUCCACCAACGGCGUUGAAUUCUUCCCUCCACUCCGAAGCCGGGCGAACACAAACGGAAGCGGAGAGUCGAAGGCUCCGUGGACCAUGGGGUUCAAAGAUGUUUAG